AACUCUUGAGAAACAAUUGGAAGGUACGACCUGAGUUUUGUAAACUUUUGCUGGGUCUGUCUAGGAGAGGACGUGUCUUGCAUCUUUGUCUGACUCUCUCUUUAAUUUUUUAGACACUUUUGCAUGUACCCUCUGUUAUGAAUGAUUGUCUAUUGAUUGAACAAUUCUGUAAUUCGAGGCUUGUUUAGUUUAUAAAACAAUGGGAACAAGCGAAGAAAAGACGCCUUCCAAAACAGCAUCCUCGGCACAGGACAUUCCUCCCACGCCGUAUCCAGACUGGUCAAACUCAAUGCAGGCUUAUUAUGGAGGAGGAGGUACUCCGAAUCCUUUUUUCCCAUCUCCUGUUGGAUCUCCUAGUCCUCACCCCUACAUGUGGGGUGCUCAACACCAUAUGAUGCCGCCUUAUGGGACCCCGGUUCCGUACCCAGCCAUGUAUCCUCCAGGGACGGUUUACGCCCAUCCUGGCAUGCCCAUGCCUCCUGCUUCUGCUCCAACUAACAAGGAGACUGUGAAAGAUCAAGCACCUGGCAAGAAGUCAAAAGGGAACUUGAAAAGAAAGGGUGAAGGAGGUGAGAAGGCGCCUUCUGGUUCAGGGAACGAUGGUGUAUCUCAAAGUGAUGAAAGUGUCACAGCGGGUUCAUCUGAUGAAAAUGAGAAUGCGAAUCACCAGGAACAAGGUUCAGGUAGAAAGCCGAGCUUUGGACAAAUGCUUGCAGAUGCAAGUUCUCAAAGUAAUACUACUGGUGAGAUCCAAGGUUCAGUGCCCAUGAAGCCACUGGCCCCUGGGACUAAUCUGAAUAUGGGAAUGGAUUUAUGGUCUUCCCAGGCUGGUGUACCUGUGAAGGAUGAAAGAGAGCUCAAGAGGCAGAAAAGGAAACAAUCUAACCGUGAAUCGGCCAGGCGGUCCAGACUGCGGAAGCAGGCGGAGUGCGAACAGCUUCAACAGAGAGUAGAGAGUUUGACAAGUGAGAAUCAAAGCCUGAGAGAUGAGUUACAGAGACUCUCCGGAGAAUGUGAGAAGCUCAAGACUGAGAACAACUCUAUCCAGGAUGAGUUGCUAAGAGUGCAUGGACCAGAGGCUGUAGCUAAUCUAGAACAGAAUGCUGCUGGCUCCAAAGAUGGUGAAGAAGGAACAAAUUAACACUUAGGAAACUUGGAACUCUAUGACGCAUUAUUGUGAUCUUAUUUGUGAAGCAGACUAAAGUUAUUUGAGAUUUACGUGACCAUGACCAUACCAACUGUUUGACAUUUUGUGUAAUAGUGUGAUUACACAUAAGACUGUAAAAGCUGUGACUACACUUGUUUGUUUUAUUAGUCUUCAUGAUCGGAUUCAGAUUCUUCUAAAUCUCGGAUUGUUGCUGUUGAUAGUUCUGGUUCAGCUCUUUCGUUUGGUGUUUCCUCUUGUUGUUGGCUUGGUGGAGCAGCUUCACUGCCUGAUGAAACACCAAGCAGAAUAUUAUUCUAAUCAAUAACAAUAGUAAUAGUUGGUUUGGGAUAGAAAGC